CUCAGCGUUGCAGGAGCUCUCAGCUUGCACUUGCAACUAUCCUCUUGAUCUCUCAAAUCCCAAAGAGAAAGGGACCAAUUUUUGAGCCCUAGCAUUUGUUUUCUCGCAGACUUCGGCUUCAAAAAUGAAGUCGUUAGUCAUCAUUCCAAUCUUUUUGGUUCUAUUGAGUUUAUUUCUUGAAGUUACAGAUAGCGAGCCCCGUUUCUUACGCUUCAGAUUCCGACUUGGAAUCCGUCGUCGACGCUACAACGUCUGCCGACCGGUAAACUGCGCGGUUAGCGGAUGGACCAGAUGGAGCCAUUGCAGUCAAUCUUGUGGGCCUUCUGGCGUACAAACACGACACCGUCAUAUCACUAGAUCGCAGAAGUGCGGCGGCCAGUGUAACCAUCCACUACACCAGUCCCGCCCUUGCAAUCGCUUUUGUCUUCAUGGUGGAUGGAUGGUGUACAACAAGCGCUGCCGCUGUAAGUAUGGCAACUAUGGGAAAUGCUGCGAAAGAGGAAAAACAGUGAAUGGCCGGUGGUCAGGAUGGAGUAAAUGGUCACGAUGUUCUAAAACCUGUGGAUAUGGGCUGAAGUAUCGCACAAGAUCAUGUACCAAUCCCCGCCCGUCCUAUGGUGGGCGUCGUUGCUAUGGUAUCAGUAGGCAAAGUCAAAAAUGCUACAUCAGAAGACGUUGUCCAGUUAAUGGUGGCUGGUCCAAAUGGUCUAAAUGGUCUGCUCCAUCAAAAACAUGUGGCAUCGGGCUGAAGUACCGUACAAGAUCUUGCACCAAUCCGCGUCCAGCCAACAAUGGCCGCCGCUGUUAUGGGGUUAGCAAACAGUACAUGACUGUUAUUCAACGUCGCUGUACAGUUAAUGGAGGGUGGUCGCGUUGGAGUGCAUGGUCCAAAUGCUCAAAGACCUGUGGAUCCGGACUUCAGGUUCGUCGAAGAUAUUGUACGAAACCAAAACCAUCUUAUGGAGGAAGAGGCUGUAGUGGAAAAUCUAGAGAUGUCAGGACAUGCCAUCUGACAGAGUGCAUCCACUACACCCACAGAGGUUGUUUCGGUGACUCAAGGUCAAGAGCUAUGCCAGUAUUCUUAAAGAAACUCUCAUACUACAGCGGCGCAGUAGCCAAGUGUGCCAAGUUGGCCUCCAGCCACAAGUACAAGUGCUUUGGUGUACAAAAUGGUAGGGAGUGCUGGUCAGGUCCUAAUGCUCACCAAACCUAUAAUAAAUAUGGCGAGUGUCCUGACAAAUGUAAAAACGGAAAUGGAGGGAAGUUUGCCAACGACGUUUACUGCUUUAGAGGCGUUCCAGGUGCACCGACGCAAGCACCCAAAACCCAUCCUCCAACGACCGAGGGACCCAAACCCACUCAACAAGAUUGCUGGUCUGAGUGGGUUUACAGUGACUGUACUAAGCCCUGUGGAUGUGGGUACAAGGCUCGUACCCGAUACUGCAAGUGUGGAGGCGGCAAGUAUGGAUCUUGUAAAGGGCUUCGCUUGGAAACGUUCAAGUGUAACUGCCACCAAUGUGGUCCUCCUAUCGAUGCUUAAGGCUUCCAGUCUGGCUUUGCACAUCACAUAGAUGGAUGUUUUUUCCCCCUUCUUAUUGUUGUCGUAGUUGAUUAAAAAUCUCAUAUAGAUGUAGCAAAGUUCUUACCAAUUAAAAUAUUUCUAUCAAAAGA